AUGAGACGAAGGCGCCAAGAAGGCCAAGUGCAAUUGCGUAAAAACAAACGUGAUGAAACUUUACAGAAAAAGCGGAAUAUGCCUAAUAGUGUUGACGCAGUACCCGGCGCCGGUGACCCAGUCGAUUCGGAUAUCGAUGGGAAUGAGAAGCCAGUUUUAUUGAAUUUAGAGGCUAUUAUAGCUAACGUUCACAACGAUGACCCAUCAAUUCAACUUCUUCUGGUUCAGUCAGCGCGGAAGUUGCUAUCUAGUGACCGUAAUCCGCCAAUCGACGAGCUGAUCCAAGCUGGAAUGCUGCCUAAAUUUGGCGCAUGUCUAAUGUGUGAUGACCCCAACUUACAAUUUGAGGCCGCUUGGGCCCUAACCAACAUCGCCUCAGGCACGUCGGCGCAGACGAUGGCCGUAGUACAUUCAGGUGCUGUCCCAUUGUUUCUCAAGUUGCUGUCUUCUCCUCAUCCGAACGUCUGUGAGCAGGCAGUGUGGGCCCUGGGGAACAUCAUCGGAGAUGGGCCUGGUUUACGUGAUCACGUUAUAGAACUAGGUGGUCUUAAAUUAUUGUUAAAGCUGCUCAGACCGGAUAUACCGCUCGGUUUUCUUCGGAACUUAACCUGGGUCAUGGUCAACUUGUGCAGGUGUAGAGAUCCACCACCGCCAAUUGCAGCUAUCAAGGAGCUGCUGCCGGCUCUUCUGUAUUUGAUCAAGCAUCCAGAUGACAGUGUGAGUGAAAUUAUGUUAUGCUUGCGGUUCUGCUUAUUCUGA